AUGACUACUCGUCGAUCUUGGCGCUUGUCCAGUCAAGUACCAGUCCGAUACGAUGGGGAAGGCUGGGAAGCCACCGACUUGCUCAUGUACCUCACUACGCCAGUAUCCGAAGCACCUUCACCGACACCGUCUACUGAUUCCCAUUCCACAAUUCAGUCCGACACUCCUUCCCCUCGCCGUCACACACCUUUGCAUCGUCGCGCUCCCGGACACGUCCCCCGUCCCCCCAACGCGUUCAUGAUAUUCCGCUCCCACUACUGGCGCGACAACAAAGAUACCAUACGCGAACGCAAUCACCGCGAGAUCAGCCGUACCUGUGGCGAACUCUGGAAAGCUUUACCACCCGCUGAGAAGCAGGUUUACAGAGACAUGGCCAGCAGCGCUAAGAAGGAACAUCUCGCGAAGUAUCCUGGCUACAAAUUCACACCGGUGUCGCGGCGGAAAAAGACGAGGAAGACAACGAGUCAGAGUCGCGAUACCAUGGAGGAGGUUAGUAGGUGCGAGAAGAUUGCGACGUUGAUUGGAGGGGGUAUUGAUGGAAUGGAGCUGGAGAAGACGAUGGAGAGUGAUACAUGCAAGACCCCAUCUUCUUCAGCCACUGCCGACGAGGAGCAGAUAUCUACCACGGUUUUCCAGUUCCUUACUCCCCAGGACCAGGGAGAGUUUAUCUGCGGUGAGGAAGACGAUUUCGUCCCCACCUGCGACAUUUCACCAUUCGACCUAGACGCUCCUAACCUAGAAAUGUACAGCAAUCCCCCCCAACUGCCCAACUACUCCCGUGUCGAUUCUCAAUUCGGUUUCAAGUCCGAUAUUGAUAUCAAUAGCUGCUUUUGGUUCACAGCCGCGGGAGAAAACGUCGAGUUGUCUCCACUUACCGCGUCUACGACGGAUUUCACCCAAGGAUCCUCCACCUACGACGCGUACCACAGCUUCGACAGUUUGGACGUGCUCGAUGUUAAUCUUUCCGCAUCCAUUUCCUUGGUUGAUGACUGGGCAUCUAUUUAA